GGCCACCCAACCAGGAUGAAGAGGCUGAUGAAUUAUUCUAUAAGCACCUGGAAGAAGUCUGACAGUCACCAGCCCUUGUUCUCAAGGGGGACUUCAACCCACUGGAUGUCUGCUGGAAAUAUGACACAGCUGAAAAGAGACAGCCUAGAAGGUUCCUGGAGAGUGGAAGAGAACUUCCUGACACAGCUGACAUACCCUGGGCUUGGCAGAAGGGUGGCCAACACAUGCUCUGAUGACAAGUAUUUCCAGCCUGACUGUGGGUCUGGAGUGCUUGAACCCCUGGAGCUUGAUGGCCAGUGCUGCAAGGGUGGCCCAUUUGUGGAAAUAUUCAGUGCUCAAGGCAAGAACCUGGGAGCAAAAUGGGAGAUUUCUGGCAAUCCAUCAGCUAUAUGAAAGUAUGAAUAUGAUAAAGAAGUAAAACACUUUGUUUUUGUACUUGAAGGAAACAGUUGAGUCAACAAAAUGCAGCUACCAAAGGAAACUAGACAAACAUUGGGGCUGAUCCAGAGAUUUCUGACACUUCAGAUUUUUGUGCCACUGGGACGAGACUUCUCCACUGAGUUACUGAUAACUGAUUUAGGAAAUAUUAAAAGAAGAUUGUAUUUAUCAACAGUCCACAAGGAGUUGUCUGUGACCCCUUUGCAUGCAAAAAUUCCACUGUUUACAAUGAAACGCAGAAUAUGGUGCAAUAUGUGUAUUGACUUGGUAGGAUUCACCAGUGAAAUAUUCAGAGGAGCUGCCUUCCAGUCUUUGGAUGGAAUUAGUAUUUCAGCUACCUGUAAACUGAGAAAGAUCUUCACUUUAAAAUCCAAGCCUCAAGAUACAGCUGAGAAAGAUGCUAUGUGUGGUGCUCCAGUUACGCCAUGUGAGCCCACAGAUGUUGUUCCUCCAACCUGCCGGCUAAAUAAAGAUGUGCCGCAAGUUACACAAUUGCUGACUAAAAUUCACAAGUCGGAAAUAAAAUGCAGGACACAUCCAGUAAGACUGCAAGAAACAGGUAGCUCAAUUAAUUGAGGACAUCGCAAUAUACGCACAGGUAAAACCCAGGAUGUAUCAUAUAUUGCAUUUGGAUCAAAGAUCCUUGGGCCACCUCUAUCUUCAAACAGAGGAGUUAGUACAAGGGUAUCUGGAGAGAGCUGUGGGAUUAUGUCCAGAGCAUUGUGUUUGGUUGUGGACCUCCAGAAUAAGAGAUACUGUAACAUCCAGUGGAGGGCAAGUGAAACUCUUGAUCAUUUUGCAGACUUCUUAAGAAAAGCACACAAUACGCAUGUUCACAGGUAUUUGGGUUGUAUUUCAGACCCUGCAAUUCAGACUCAGGAUAACUCUGAGAGUGGAAGAGUAGAUUUUCAGCUUGACUCAUCACAGGGACCAUCAGCAGACAAGAACAGUCAUAGGAGAUUAUCUUUAAAAGAUGCAUCCAAAACCACGUGGAAGAUAACCAGUGAUGAAUGGGUAUUUCCAAAAAGUCUCACUGAGAGUGUUCAAUUGGAUAGGAGCGAGCAGUUUGUAGCUGAUGAAGAUUCAGCCUGCUGUAAUGUAACCUUGCCAAAGAAUGCCUCAGUUGAACAUCACAGCAAUGAAACAGGUGAUCACCAAGUGAAUAAUAAAGAGACUUUCACAUUUUCAUCAAGACCUCGAUCUGCUCCUCAUGGGAAUUCUCCAGAUACAUCACCAGGAUGUGGCAUUUUCCAUUUGGAUUUGAGGCAAGAUAGUAACGGAGUACAUGGGAAAACCCAGAUUGAAGAUAAUAUUCAAGGAGCUGACAGCAGUGAAGAGGAUGACAACAGUGAAUUUAUCCAGAGAACAGAGAACCUUGAGAUCAGCCACAGCAGGCCUGGAACACCUGAUUCAGCAGUUUUUAAAGACAGCCCGUUAAAGAGGAUGUCAUGGAGAAAUGACUCCUGGAAGAAUAAGGGACACAGCAAACAUGACCUCAAAGAGACUAUCUUAUCAAAACCACAGAGUUCCACUGUGAGCAAAACAGAUUCUGUUAGCUCUCAGAAAAGCUUAAAGCCUACUCUUUCUCUGUCUCCAACCGGAAGUAAAUCGGCAUUCUUUAAAGAAUUUCCAAAUGGAUCUGAGAAAAAUGAAAGCUAUGAAAGAGUUUCUGAUCAAUUAAAAAGAUCUGUCAGUAAAAAAUCUCUGAAGAAGAUCUCAAGAGAAAAUUCGUGUCUGACAACACAGAGUUUUGAGUAUGACUGGGAAAACUACCAGUCAAAUAGACUCAGUUCAUCUGAACUACAGAUGCUGGCUAGCAUGAAGAGACAGCAAAGUGAAGAAUCAGGGGAUACUGGGAUCUCCCAUGGGCUGAGUGCAUCACAGAUGAAUAACUGCAAUGUUAGCCUAAGUACAAGCAGUGAAGAUACAGCAUCCUGGAACUCUUGUUUCCCACCUCCCACCAGUCAGGAGCAUCACUAUCAGAAAGAAAUGAGCCCACUUUCUCACUCCAACCCGCGGGACUGGAUGGACAUGUUCAGUCCCCCCAUCAUUCCUAGAAGCCAACAGCUGGAAAAGCACACUAGAUCUUCAACAAAUCGGAGUACUCCAGGUGAAGAUGACCUCAAUGCUGAAGAAGAUGAGGAAAUUCUGACUCUUCUGUAUGAUCCAUGUCUGAACUGUUACUUUGAUCCAAAUUCUGGGAAAUACUAUGAAUUGGCAUAGUCGGAUUGUGAGAGGAUAUAAUUUUAUAUUUGGAGUAUCAUUCAACGCUUUGUGCAGUGUGACUGAGCUGUAUAAGUUAUCAUGAAACUUAAAAUUUGAGUUAACCGAUAGUUUUACAAACUGAUUAAUAUAUUUUGUAAUCAGCGUCUUAUUUUUAUAGUUCUCUGUUAAGUUGUAAUGCAGUGGAAAAUUACAUAAUAUGAAAGUUCCUUGUGACUGUGACAUUUGUUAGUCUAAUUUAUUUCCAAUAUUCAGAGGUUCUUUAUCAAACAAGCUAAGUUGAAUCAAGUUUUGUGAUGUUAC